AUGGCCAUGCAAUCCACCAGAAUUCUAAGCACAACCGCCGUCGAAGCUACUUCACCAUUGAAUCAUCAUCAUCCAGGUUCUUACCAGGUUACAGCUAUCACCGUUUUCAACCCUCCGAGAAUCUCCGGUAAAAAAACCAAUUCCCGUGACGGAGAGAUUGUGAAGAAGGCACAACGAGUGUUAGAUGGACAGAGAUACAAAGAUGGGUUCAGGCAGGAAAUGAAAGGAAGAAGCUUUUUGUUGGGUCCUUCUCAUGCAAAAGGAAUCGUCCAUCAGAAAACUGUUCGAAUAUGCAACGGAAUCGAGGUUAAGCAGCCUAACUCUGUCAUCCGUAAGUGUGCUAGAGUACAACUUAUCAAGAACGGAAAGAAGGACGAGUUCUUUAUUUCUGAGGGUCAUGUUGUGGGAGAUAUUCCUGGAGUUAGGUACAAGGUUGUCAAGGUUUCUGAUGUUUCAAUUUCAACUCUCUACAAGGGAAAGGAGCAACUAAAGUCUUAA